AUGGAAUCGACAAACGCUAAGAUAAGGUUGCAGCAGCAUCAAGACGAAACCGAGACCACGUCUAGAAGUUCCCGGCCUCGUUUAUCCAUAUCGACAUCCGACUCGUCCCUUUUUUUCGCCAGUUGCAGUUCUAAUUGCACAGACUAUGAUUAUGAACAUCGGGAGAUCAGGACACAAUCCGAGAAGAAAAAACGUGUGAAAAGAUUUUCCGCGCCGAAGUCUUCCUUUACGUUUUUUCCAGAUAUAAAAAAUACGAAAUCACUUGAAAUCAAUAAAGCCUCAUCAGAGAAAACCCAAAAGUCGAAAUCCGAAAACGAACUCUUGAAGGAUUACUGUCCGUAUUCCUCCGACAAUUGUGGUUGCAGUUCAGGUUGUACGGAUUGCGACUACGGACUCUAUACGUAUACAACUAAAAACAAGAGCAAGUUGAAAAGUAAAGGCGAGAGAUUCUAUAUAAAGCGCUCGAGUAGUUUUACACCUUUGGUGUCGUUCGAGAGAAGUCGGAAAACUGCAAAAUCAUAUAGCGCUAUAAAUAUUUUAAGGAAGAAAAAGGCGAAACUUCCCAAAAUAGAAAAAACCUUAGAUAGCUGCUACCCCGAAUCUUCUGGCAGUUGCAAUCGCCAAUCAAACAAUAUAAAACAUAACUUCAAACUGAAAACAACUAAAGACCAAAAAUCAAAAACCAAAAAGAGGACAUUAGCGAAGAAGUUGAGAAAACUGAAAACAAUGAGAAUUGUGAGAACUCUGAAAUUGCGCAAGAAUAAGAAAGUUUCAAAGAACACAGCUGUAAAAGUUUCUGAAAGAACCGUUAUGAAAAAUUGGUUUCCUGAUUCAUCUAAUAAUUAUGAGUGCAAUUCGGAUCAUACGGACCGCGGAAAGCACAUAACUAUAAAAAGAAAAAAGUUAAAAAGCAGAUCCAGAAGAGCAAAAACUUCAACAAAAUCGAAAAUGUCGGAACUGCCUUUAGUAAUUAAUGAAUCAGUUCAAAAUGAAAAGAAUUCGAAGCAAACAGCAGAAGUGCGUUCUGAAAACAAACCUGUAUCAAAUUUUGAAGAUAUUGAAAUGGAUAGAACGAUACAAUCCGUAGUUGAAGAAAAUGCGAGUAUAAGUUCUCAUAAAAGUACAAAUAGACAACCUACUCAAAAUCAAGAUCAACAGAGGUAA